AUGCCUGGGUAUGGUGGAAGAAGGACGAGAUUACCGGGUUUAAGUGGGGCUUUGGGAGCCGAACGAGAAGAGAAGGGCUUUAAACCGCCCGGCGGGGGCGUGGCCAAGCGGUCGGCAGCGGCCCAUCCUAUUGGCGGCUGCCGGGAGGGGGCGUGGCAGAGGCGGGUCAUCCUUUCCGCCGUGGAGCGUGCGCGGGAUGAUCGGCGCCGGCGCCGACGCCGUCGCCGUCCGCGCUCUCCGCCGACCGGGACCGCACCGGGUCCACACCGGGACGGCCCCGGGGGCGGCGGGGAACCGGGCUGGGCCGCCUACCCCUCAGGGCCUGCCUUCUUCAGCGGCGGCCUACCCGGUCCUGCCAGGCCGAGGGGGGUGUCACCGACCCGGGGGCACCGCGGGAGCCCCAGCUCCUCUCUCACUCGGGGGAGCGUGACAGGAUUCCUGCACCUCCAGGAUCCCCUUCCUCUCCUUGGGGUGCGAGGAACCCGAAGGCAGCGUUCGGCCUUGCUGUCCACAGGGGAACUCCCCGUCCUGUCCCACAGACACCCCGCCAGGGAGAGGUGCAGGGCCUGGGGUGGGCGAGCCUGUCCCCUCAGUGCCGCAUCGACAUCCUGGACGAGGCGGCGGAGAGGUGCGUGCGACGUGCUGCGCGAUGUCGAGUAUCGACGGGAGCGGGACACCGACGUCACGGACACGUGUCGCAUCGCCCGGCUGGCUGCCAAUGCUGAUGUGGGCUACUGCGCCUGGCGGUGCCCGAAGCCCUUGGAGAACAGGGUUGUGGUGACACGGCGAUCCCUGCAGGUCGAGGAUGGGUAUCACGCUGUUAUCAACUUCUCCAUCAAACACCUGAAAUACCCUCCAUGCGAGGAGCUGAUGGCAGGAUACCUGGUGCAUUCAACUGGGCCCAACAGCUGCAGUCUGACCUACCUGGCUCAGGUGGAUCCAAAAGGGUCGUUGCCAAAGCGGGUUGUAAAUAAAGCUUCGCAGUACCUGCUUCCAUGGUUGUUUCCCCUGUACUUCUCUGCUCCCGAUAUACUGCACAAGGCCUGCGUGAAAUACCCUGCCUGGAAGCAGCAGCACGACGCUAACAUGAAACCCUGGCUGUACCCUGAGCAGAACAAGCUUCCUCUCUUGGCGCAGUGUGCUGCCUCGCUGGAGAACGUCGAUGAGAGCAGCCUGUCCGAAGUGAAGGAUGAGAGGGGCGACCACAACAGUUCGGAGAACUGAUGCUGCUAGUGUUGCUGCAGGGAGGAAUGUCACGUGGUGCUGCUCAGGUGCAUCCAGUCUUUUACAAUAAGGUAGUGGGGAACUUUUAAAGAAAAUCUCUGUGUUCGUAGCCUUUUCUCUCAAGACGUGACUGUGUGUGUCCGAGCACACCAGCCCCGCUCAGCACCGAGACUGAACGGGGCCAGGAGCACACGGGCCGCCUGUACCAACCUGGCUGAGUUAUGCUCAGGGAGAGGAGCUGCACGGCUUAACACCGUCUAUGGCCUUAGACUCAUAACUGCUAGGCUCAGGUGGAAUCGGCGGGGACACAUGGCAGUCU